AUGUUUAGGAUUAUUGUGGGAGUAAAAUAUUGCUUCCGAUAUAACCAGCGAAACCGCCAAUUACGCAACGAGGAAACGGGCGAGCCGAUAGAUUUAGUAACCAUGCCUCGAACACAUAGGAGAAGGAGGGAAAAAAAGUUGAUGAGUAUGGAUGAAGUUAACGAACGGUUUCCACUUGUUAAAUACAAAGUGUGGAGAUCUUCGCGCGCGAAUGAAGGCCUUCCAACCGCAGGUGGAAUAUCGGCACCAAAUAGCAGACCCCAGAGCUUGAAAGGUGAACAUAAUGUUUUAUCUACCACUGUUGGGGCACCCUCUUACACAACAAAUUCGGCAAUAAAAGGCCACCGUCGAUGUGAUUCAACCACGUCGCAGUUAUCUAUACCAGCUGAACACGCACAGACGGCCUUAGUGCAGCCGCAAGAGAAGGAGAACGCCGGUCAAGCAUUUGCUGUGCUGGCUGAUGGCACCCAUGGCCCAGACGCAAAACAGUUACAGAAUUGCAAUUCCCUUGAGGAUGAAGAUGUUAACAACCCAAUUCGCACCGCAGUACCAGCGGAACUUUUACCCAAUCCAGGCGAUUCGUGUGCAAUUUGCCUUGAUACAAUCGAAGAUGACGAUGACAUACGUGGGCUUACAUGUGGUCAUGCUUUUCAUGCAUCCUGUGUCGACCCGUGGUUAACGAGUCGAAGAGCCUGUUGUCCUUUGUGCAAGGCCGAUUAUUAUGUUCCAAAGCCUCGCUCUGAUCCCGGCGGACUAACAACUAACCCAGAACGCUCAGGCCGUCGCAAUACAACACGGUUGGCCGUUCCCACACAACCACAAUCGGUAUUUAUAGGAGGACGUGUUAACCCAUUUCGGAAUCCCCUAGCUAUAUCAGAUCGACAGGAUCCAUCGAGAAAUGGAACCCAGUCGUCCCGGCUAACUGCACCGCGUUUUUGGCGAAUACAAGCUCACCACUCUCAGCCUGCUAAUAACCCGUCAAGCUCAGCUCCAGAGCCUUCGGACCGGCGAGAUUGGAGGACUCGAUUUACGCCUACUAGGUCGCUGAACCUUUCUUUUCUAUCCUUUUCCGCUCGGAAUCAUUAUUCAAGGGAGAGCAUGCCGCACCCGACGGACACUGCACGCUCUGCGGCCGAUCGGACACCUAGCCAGCUGGAAGCCCAGUCCGGCGCAUGA